AAAGGACAGAUACCUAAAGUGCUUCUGUUUUAUCAAAAAAGUUUGACUGGAACUAGAAGUGAGGGGCUGUAGUUUUACCCAUUAUCACUUGUUAGAACUCCAGGAGUGAGUGGUCCUGGGUAACAAACUAGUGAAUAAAAGAAUGUGUUAAAAAGCAUCAAAAAAUGCAAAUGUUAUGAAAAUAAUUGUGCUAAGAAGGAAGUAAUACCAUGGGAAAGGAGAUGAACUGAGAAACUGAUGUUUCUGAAUUGACGCAGAAUAAAAGGGAUGCAUAAACCGUUACCCAAAAGGAAACCUUGAACCUCUGCAUCAAGGAGAAACAAAAACUAGCUGCAGGCAGUCAGCAGUGUAAUUCCACUGUGAAACCAUACUCAGUGGAAGUCCUACACCAACAAGGAAGGACGCUCAGUGCACACCUUGGGAUAAAUUAUACAGACAAGUGUGAACAAGAUCACUUCAGCACAAGCUAACGCAGAAGUCAGGACCAUGAGUAACUACAGAAAGGGAUGCAGAAACCAACUUCUAAAAGCUCUCCAGUGUUUCUUUGGCUUUAUUACAGGGACUCUGGCACAAGAUAGCAAUGAUGCUGAAUUAGAACUGUCAGCAGUGCGGCACCAACCAGAAGGACUUGACCAGCUGCAGGCACAGACAAAAUUUACUAAGAAGGAGCUGCAGUCCCUGUACAGAGGAUUCAAAAAUGAGUGUCCAAGUGGGCUGGUGGAUGAGGAAACAUUCAAAUUAAUUUAUGCGCAGUUUUUCCCACAAGGAGAUGCCACAACAUAUGCUCAUUUCCUGUUUAAUGCUUUUGACGUGGACAAGAAUGGAUCCAUCCGUUUUGAGGACUUUGUGAUUGGUCUCUCGGUGUUGCUACGUGGAAGUGUAAAUGAGAAACUUAACUGGGCAUUCAACCUUUAUGACAUCAACAAAGAUGGAUAUAUCACCAAAGAGGAAAUGCUAGCGAUUGUGACGUCUAUUUAUGACAUGAUGGGAAGAUAUACAUAUCCAUCUGUACGGGAGGAUGCCCCUCUGGAACACGUGGAGAAAUUCUUUCAGAAGAUGGACAGAAACCAAGACGGUGUAGUGACUUUUGACGAGUUCAUGGAGACAUGCCAAAAGGAUGAAAACAUUAUGAACUCCAUGCAGCUAUUUGAGAAUGUUAUAUAGGAAUCUUAGACCUUUGACCAGUACAUCUUUACUUGUAAGAGCUGCAGUCGCAGGAUCAAGUCUACAGGCGCAGUGUACUCCCUUCCCAGUGUACUUUCCCACAUCAUCAACAAAAGAAACAUUUAUGAAUAUUUUAUACAAAACAAAAAAAAACAUACAACUCCCUACACCACAAAGCGUUACAGGAGUUGUCUCCUGAAUUCCAAGUUUAUUUGGAGCUGGAACUCAAGAAGAAAAUACAUUUUUAUAACUAUUUUUCUGGCAAGUAGAUAAACUGUACUAUGGAAAAAUGGUAGAUCAAACAGACAAGGGAGGGGCUAAUGCAAAGGGUGGGGUGGCAUAUUAGAAAAAAACUACAGAAAAUGUCUGUGAAAAAUUCUAUGACAGUCAAAAACGAGAGGAAUUUAAAGCAGUACAAUGACUUUUUUCAUCCCAAAUCAAUGCUUUGUUUUCACUAUCAGGUCAAUUCCAUUUUGACAGCAGGGCUGAUUUUUUUUUCUUUUUCUGUCUACCAAAGGAUGUUUAAUAAUAAAAGCAAAAGCUACGGUCCCCUGCUGUAACGGCAGCAGUGACAUGUUACAACCAUCAAUGAACAAAAGCAAGUGAUUCUCGCCAUUCAUCAUCAUCAAGAAAAGCAAAGACUUCACCAAAAUGUACCAACACACUGGUUCUAUAAACAGCCAAACAGGUGUUAGAAUUCCUAAGAGUGCCCCAGCCCCAUAAGCUCCUAUUACAAAGCAUGUUGGUUAAAAAUGUGGUAUGGUGGUAAUGCUUUAUAGUUUAGCACAGUAGCACAAACCAGAGAUAUUCAGCUUUCUUGAAUGUACAAAUCAGUUUUGAAACUGAACAUCAGUAGACAGUUACUUUUGUAAUUGCAAAUGGUGCAUGCAAGUCAUUAUCUGCUGUAUUUCACCACUUAAGGAGCAGAAGAGAUUGCUUUUUUAAAUGUAUGCAGCAACUACUACUGUUGGUACUAAGUGGUACAAAGUUAAAGUCUGGAGAUGUUUCAAUUAUCUUUUUUUGCCAAACUUCUGAAAAAAAUGGAAAAGAGAGAUUUAGAAUUCCCUACUGAAGUAAAUCUUAACAUGGAGUGCAUUUCACAUUACAACACCAUAUAUCAACAUGUAUGUAUUUUAGGAUAUUCAGGUUUUGUAACACUUUAGUUUUCUGAUACCUGGCAGAUAAUCUCAUUGAGUUACUAAAUGUAUGGAUGUGUGAAUCUCUCUAUAUAUUAAGUAUGCUACCAUGUAUUCAACACUGGUGCAUUUGAAAAUUAAAAUAAGCUUAAAAAUCAG